AUGUUGACGAGGUCCUGCACCGAAUGCAGGAAACUGAUGAAUAUAAACCCGAGCACAAAGAGGAACAUCACCACAAAGAGGAUCAUCCGCCUAAAGAGGAACACGAGCACAAGGAUGACCGAUAUCGCCACCAUUACGAUGAGGAUUCCGAUUCAGAUGAACCGGAUUUCCGCAGUCAAACACCGGAUGCGGACGAGUCGACGUUCAAUCGUCGUGGGCCACUUACGAUACCCGAGGUACCUGAGACACUUCCAACUCCAGCCACCCAUGAUGAUAUUGUUGAAGUUGAGCAACCAGAGAUUUCGCCUAUCC